AUGUCCAACACCCUCCGCCCAUACCUCAAUGCGGUGCGCCAGACACUCACCGCCGCCAUGUGUCUGGAGAACUUUUCUUCCCAGGUCGCAGAACGUCACAACAAGCCCGAGGUCGAGGUCAGAGCAUCCAAGGAAGUUCUUCUCAACCCUGUGGUCAUCAGCCGAAACGAUAAGGAGCGUGUCUUGAUCGAGACCUCGGUCAACUCGUUGCGCGUCAGCAUUGCCAUCAAGCAGGCGGAUGAGAUCGAGAGGAUUCUGGCCCACAAGUUUACACGUUUCUUGACCCAGCGCGCAGAGAGCUUUGUCAUCCUCCGCAGAAAGCCAAUAGAGGGAUAUGACAUUUCGUUCCUGAUCACCAACGCACACACGGAACAGAUGUACAAGCACAAGUUGGUCGACUUUAUCAUUCAGUUCAUGGAGGAGGUCGACAAGGAGAUCAGUGAGAUGAAGCUCAGUCUCAAUGCUCGUGCCCGUAUCGUCUCGGAAUCAUACCUGUCCCAGACCUAA